ACCACGAUGAUCAGAAUCAGGGUUGUUGUGGUACUUUUCAGUACAAUAUAUGUGACACAAUGCAACAAUGUUCAGCAGCAUGUUCAAAUUCAGGGGGUUCAAAUUGGUGACCCAGUGACUCUCUACUGUGUUUUCUCAAAGCAAGUAUUCAAUGAGGGAAUCAUGUUCUGGUUCAAGCACGUAACAGGGGAAAUUCCUCAGGUUGUUGCAAGGAUGCAGAAAAAUCAGUCAAGGCCUGAUCUGCACAAGGAAUUUAACAAUUCACAUCUUAGUGUGGAGAAGGCUCAAGCUGACGGGAUAUAUCGUCUCACGAUCCCAAAGAUGGAACCAACGGAUCAAGCCAUUUACUAUUGUGUCCAUAGGAUAGACUAUGAAGUCAACUUUAUCAAUGGGACUGUUUUAGUAUUAAAAGGUAAGAAUCACCAGAGGUCUGAUUACAAGACCGUGGUACAGCGGCCAAUGUCUGACCCAUUCCACCCAGGAGACAAUGUGACUCUGCAGUGUACAGUGCUCUCUGAGACCUGUACAGGAGAACACAGUGUGUACUGGUUCAGAGCCAGAUCAGGAGAAUCCCAUCCAGGAGUCAUUUACACCCUUGGGAACAGGAGAGAUGAGUGUGAGAAGAGCCCUGAGACUCCCUCUCCUACAAAGAGCUGUGUCUACAACCUCUCCAACAACAACCUCAGUCUCUCUGAUGCUGUGACUUACUACUGUGCUGUGGCCACAUGUGGGGAAAUCCUGUUUGGCAACGGAACAAAACUGGAUGUCAAAGUUGGGAUGGACUCUAAUGCCCUGGUUCCAGUUUGUAUUGGUCUGUGUGGAGCAUUGAUAUUGAAUGCUGUUUUACUGUUCUUUAUCUACUCAAGUCAAAAGGAAACAAAUGAUGACACUUCUCUACAAAUCUUUGACGGCAUUCACAAUGCUGACCAGUUGGGUCAACAGGUGCAAAUACUAGCUUACAAAAAGGGUGACUGGCUACAAUACACUGCAGUGACCUUUACCGACAAGACAACUGGAACCAGGAGAAAGAAAUGAAAGAACAGUGAGAGCAUUCAGUCGGUCCACCAUUGGAAGUUGCAACCUGACAGAAACAAGCAAUCUUUUUUUAUGGACAGCGAUAACAGUUUGUUUUCUACAGUUUAAAGGAGUAUAAUUCCCAGAGUUCCUAACCAAUCCCAUAUACAGUGUCUGGCUUGUGCUUUUUUGUUUCCUUGAUUAUUUCAGAAAUCAAGAGUGAAUACAUUUGCAGUAUGUUUAAUUUGUAGUCAAUUUCAAAGAGUUGUCCUUUGAUGACAGUUGUGUAAAUCACCCUUUGUACCAUUA